AUGCUGCUCGUAUUUUGUUCUCUGCAGGAUAGCGAAGAAGAAAUUCUUGCCAAGCAGUUAAUUUCUGAGGCCCUGACAUUGACCGAAUCGCAUUCGCUAGCGUCCGGAGUAAGGCAUCUUAUGGUUGAUAAAACCUUCUUAGAACGUCUUGAUGGAGCCUUGUCACGAAUGGCCGGUCUAACCAUCAACCGAAAACGGCCCUUCGUGCUGGCUGGUGAUAUCGGGAAGUGCAUGUUUAUUUCUGCGCGCUGUGCUUCAGACAGUUGUGGAGAGUUCUUCAGACUCUACUGCCUCCUCUAUCCUUCGGAACUCACUCUUGAGUGCUUUGGCGUGUGUACCUGGGGACGAGCCAAUGGCACUUCUAAGCUUGUCUUCCAUUUGCGUGGCUCUAGCGCAAAUACUCACCAACCCGUCAAUUUCGAGUCUUCAUUGUCCAACGCAUAUACCGCAUACACCACCAUGUUGAAAAAGGCACUGGAAGGCGUCGGACCACCUCUUCUAACCCGAAGUUGCCUAAACAGUGGCGAAGAUUACGGCUUCUGCACAGUCACAUGA